AUGAGGCUGUUAGUUCUGGCGCAAUGGCUGCUGGCGCUCCACGCCCUGAGUGUCCUCGCUGUUGAUCGAGUGCCGCUGGUGGCGCAGCGAGAGGCGCUGGGCGCACAGGUGGCAGACAUGGAGCUGGAGAUAAAUUCUGGCGGUGUGGCGCUCCACCAUGUCAGGCUACAGGGCGGCCGCAUCGCCGCUGUUACCUUCCUGCCCAGCUCCCAGGGCGCGCAGGAUACGGUGGCGUUGGAUUGGGAGCAGCAGUACCACGCCGGACCCUCUGCCGCUGCGCUGCGCGCCGGCGGCAGCUACAGCUUGCUGGCUGUCCUGCCCACGGACGACAGCGGCCCCCAGCCGGUCAGCAGGGUGGUGGCAUACUGCGAGGACUGCAGCGGCUUCAGUGGCACCCUGGCCACCGCAGAGGUGCAGCCCGGGCCGCCGCACGCCAGCGGCGGCACCGUGACCUUUGUGUUCCAGGGCGUGCAGCUGCGAGGCGCAGCAGCGGUCGGCGGCGCCGGCUCCCGCGGCCGCGAGCUGCAGCAGGCGCCUGCCGCGCCCACGCCCCAGCCGCUGCCAGACUGCUCGCUGCAAGUGGGCGACCAGCAGCUCACCUUUGAAGGCUGCCAGGCCGCUCCGCUUAACCCCAACGCGCUCUACCAAAUUUACUACACCCUAACCCCCAGCGACACCGGCGGCACCCGCUGGUCAGGCGGCCUGAAAAUCGACGCCGCCGCCGUCGGCGGGCAGUGGGCCGGGUUUGGCUUCCCCCAAUUCCCUUCAACCAUGCUGGGGGCGGAUGCCAUCAUCGUCAAGCAGUGCGCUGCCUGCCCCUCGGGCGCCUCUGUGGAUGGCUACAGUCUCGUGGGCUACUCCCCAGCCGACAACGUGGCCGGCAGCUUCAACAUCGCAGGCGAGAGGGCGGCAGGGAGGCUCGCCAGGCUGGCCCAAGGGCAACGGACAGCCCGCUGCGCAUCUGCUGCCAGGGCGACCGAUGGCACCCUGGUGGCUGCCUUCACAGCUGACCUGCCGCAGCCGCCUGACCAGCUGCUGGCGGCGCCAGGCGGCUUCAACUUCAUCUUUGCAAUCGGCACCCUGGCGGCCGAUGAGAGCCUGCUGCCGCACCCCUCGCCUGACCGGCCGUACGGCGGCAUGCGCUUGAACCUGUCCGCUGGCAUCUCCAGCCAGGCGCCGGCCCCCGACGGUGCGGCCCCCGAAAGUGCAGCCGCAGGCAUUUCCCCUGCUCCAGCCCCUGCCAGCAGCAGCCCCCCGCCGCCCGGCCGGGCAAGCAGCCCGCCGCCGGCGCCCGGCCCGAAGGCCGAGGGGGCCGCUGACGGCGCAGCGGCUGGCUGCCAGCUGAGCCUGGGAGGCCAGCCGGUCAGCUUUGCGGCCUGCACACCCAUCCAGGGCGUCGGCGACGGCUUCAGCCUCAUGUGGACGUUGGAACCCCCUGCCGGCAACACCAGCACGCUGGCGCUGGGCCUGAUGGCGGCGGCAGGCGGGUGGGUGGCUGUGGGCUUCCCCGCCACCGAGGGCCGCAUGCUGGGCUCCACAGCCAUGAUCCUCAAGACAUGCACCGCCUGCGCCUCUGGCGCCGAGAUUGGCGACUACUUCCUGGCCCAGCGCUCGCCCUCUGGGGUGCAGCCGCCUGGGCAGCUGGCAGUGUCGGAUGCGUCUGCGUCCACCGCCGGCGACGGCACGAUGCAUGGCACCAUCAAGGUCCAGCUGGACAGCGCAGCAGCCAGCAACCCAGCCUUCCCCAUCAUCCUGGCGGCAGGGCGCCUAGAUUCCAGCGGCGGCCUGCAGUACCACGACAGCAGGGGUGCCUCCACCGCCAACUGGGCGUCGGGCACCAGCGGGAGCGUGGAGGGGGAGGCCGCUCACAUCACCCGCAUGAAGAACGCCCACGGCUGGCUGAUGGCGACGGGCUGGGGCAUGCUCAUCCCGCUCGGCAUCCUCACCGCCCGCCACGGCAAGGGGGUCAAGCCGCCGCUGUGGUUCCACAUGCACAGGGCCAUCCAGGUGCUGGGUAUGUCGUGCGCCCUGGCGGGCUUCAUCCUUAUCUUUGUGGCGGUGCAGCAGGCCACCGGCACCAGCGUGUCCACGUACACCGUGCACCGCCGCCUGGGCAUCUCCGCCAUGUCCAUGGGCUUCUUCCAGCUCUUCGCCCUGGUCCUCAGGCCGCACCCGGGCACCCGGCUGCGCAAGUAUUGGGAGCCGGUGCACCACUGGGUGGGCCGGGCAGCUGCCGUGGUUGCGGUGGCAAAUAUCUACGAGGGCAUCAUCAACGUGUAUGAUGUGGGCACCUGGGCUGUCGCCACCUAUUCCGUCAUCUUUGGUUUGAUCGUCGCUGCUGGGCUUGGCUUGGAUGCAUACAAGCUGCUGGGCACACGUUUGGAAGGGGACGCGUGGUGCUCCGAAAGUCCAUUGCCUCGUGCAUGUGCCUCCUCUAGUGGCAUAUCAUGUCUUCUUAGCGCUGCGGGCGGUAUUGAGCAGCUAUGCAGCCCGCCAACCUCGCUCGACCUGCCCGAAGCUUGCCGGCGUCCCCACAACGAGACAGGACGCCUUUCGGCGGGCUGGUUCUCGGUCUUCAGAGGCGGUCCACGCACCGAUGAGGCCGAGCGGCGGGCCGUGGUGGCGCUGGAGGAGGCAACCAACGCGAGAGCCGAAGAGGCGAGUGCCAGCUUGCUGGGCGCGCGCGGCGGCGGCGCCUGCGCCUGUGCCCCCGCCGACGACGCCGGCGGCGACCGCGCCGGCGCGCAGUGCGGCGGCCUGCUGCAGGCGCUGGGGCUGCCAGAGGGCGCCGUCAGGAAUGUGCUCAUGGCUCGCGACAUCGUGCCCCGCGCCUUUGCCUGCGACUACUCUCUGGUGGCAGACCUGCUGAAGCGCGUGUCGGAGUCGUUCAGGGACCACCGCUGCCUCAACUCCUCGCGCACGGUCAUGUUUGACUUCAUCGGCAAGGUCAUGGUGCUGCAGCCAGACGACGCCGCCAGCUACGUGGCGGGCGAGGGCCACCACCCGCUGCUGCCGCCCGGGCCGGGGCUGUACGUGGUGCGAGAGCCCACGCCUUUCAACAAUGUGGCAGCCACCCUGAAGCGCGACGCCAGCUUUGUGAGCCAGGCGGUGCAGCAGGCCAUCAGCAACCUGCCCGCCGCCGCCGCGGCCGCCGCCGGCGGCGACGCCCCCGCCGCCGCGGCCGCCCUGGCCGCUGUCCCCGCGAAGCCCGCCGCCCUGGCCAAGGCGCAGCCGCCCGCACGCGUGGUGGCCAACGCGCGCGAGGCUGUGUGGGAGCUGAUGAACACGCCCCACCCGCUGGACAUCCUGGCCGACCCGGGCGCCUAUGGCGACCUGGGCGCCAUCUCGCGCUACCACAACCCAGACAACUACACGCGGGCGGUGGGGGGCGUGCUGGCCGCGCGCGGCGCCGCCUUCCGCCGCCUGGUGGCCAACGCCGCCGACACCUGCGGCAUGCGCUACUUUGCGCCGGUGCUGGACCCGGCGCAGCAGCGCGCGGCCGCGGCGGCGGCCGCCGGCGGCGCCGCGGCCAACGGCGGCGCCGCAGCCGCUGCCGCGCCGACCUCGCCCGGCGGCAAGCAGCUGCUGCGCCUGGCGCGGCGCCGCGGCAGCGCCGGCAGCCUGAGCGGCGCCGGCGGCAGCAGCCCUCAGCUGGCCUGAGGCGGCCCGCGCCCGCCCCUCGCCCCACAUGCUGCUGCCCGACAGCCCGCCCGUCGCCCCGCAUGGGGAGCGCAUGCUCCCCGGGGCGAGCAGGCCUGCGUGCGGGCCCCCGCCCAGCGCCUACCGCCUGCCUGUAUGCAUGCAUCUGUGCCAAUAAGAAGACCGCACCCGUCCAAUUGAGCGCACCCGUGAGAGUUGAUUUUGAGAGCCACAUAGACCCGUCCGUCCGUGUCCCCACCCUGAUAUUCUCUGCACCUCCUCUGGUGCCCUCCUCCCAGGGGGCACGCCACAUGGAAGCCCCGCCUUCCCCCUCUGCACCCUGCCCAGUUCACUCCCCUCCCCCGCCUCUGUGCUGGCGUGGGGAGGCAGCCGCUGUAUCUCUGAGCCUGUUGAACGCCCGGCACCCACCCCCAGCGCUCUCUUCUUUCCUUCUCCAUUCUUCCCUGUGAUUCAUCCAUGCAGAUCCUCUCUCCCACCACCGCCCGCGGCGCCCCCAGCGGUCCCCACGACCGCUGCGUGCGCCGGGCGGGCACCCCAGGUUGUGUCUGUACAGCCCCCCAUUCCUCCCCAUCUUUUGUGUGAUGUGUGCCAAUGUGAUGUCAUCAUGGUCAUAAUGCGAUGUCCCCGUGCGUCCCCUGCAACACUUCUUCUCCCGCCCUGCCCCUGUGCACUUUUUUGGCCCGAGAAGCCUCGGCGUUGCCAUACCCGCAACACUUGCUAUUUCAUAGUCCCUUCUCGAGCUGGAUUGUUUCAUGACACUUGGUCAACUGUAACAUUUGCUGUGCAGCAA